CAUAAACUGGAACAUAUUAUUUAUUCCGAAAAAUCUAGGACAUAUAAAAAACAGCAAGAUGCCAGAAACUGAACACUUGCCCGAAGGAUGGGAAAAACGCACCAGCCGCUCAACUGGUAUGAGCUACUAUCUCAACGUGCACACAAAAGAGUCCCAGUGGGACCAGCCAACCGAGCCGGCGAAAAAGGGGGGCAAUGGCGCCUCAGGUGAUGCCCCCAACGAGGUGCAGUGCCUCCAUUUGCUGGUCAAACACAAAGGCAGCCGACGGCCUAGCUCCUGGCGCGAAGAGAACAUCACACGCACCAAAGAAGAGGCCCAAAUGCUGCUCGAAAUCUAUCGCAAUAAAAUUGUCAACAAUGAGGCGACAUUUGAGGAACUAGCGCGUUCCUAUUCCGAUUGCAGCUCUGCCAAGCGAGGCGGUGACCUGGGCAAAUUCGGACGGGGUCAAAUGCAGGCGCCGUUCGAGAAGGCCGCCUUCGCCUUGAAGGUGGGACAAUUAUCGGACAUUGUUGACACAGACUCCGGCCUGCACAUCAUUCUCCGGAAAUCAUAGAGCAAAUCAACGGAUAACAUGUAGAGGACACGGAAUUAACUUAUUACAAAUUAAGCGAAAUUAAAGCGCUUGAAUGAAAAUCCACUCUUAUAGAGUAUUUUCAUUCGCAUUGCCCUAAAUAUCUCUUAAAUUCCCAUUCAAAUUGUUAGAUCUUUCCUCUGCUUUGUUAAUAAAUAAGACA